UUCAGAGCAAUGGGGUUUUAAAGACAGCAUAUUUUAGGUUAAUCUGAAUUUCAAGUAGGGGAAAUCCAAGAUGGCCGACUCUCAAGAGUACAAUUCGGAGGUUCUGUCAAACGGGCUUUUCCAUUCGGUCACAAAAAUAACUAUUCAUGGAUACAACGCCAGCAGUACAGGAGAUCUAGAUAUAAAUAUUACAAGUAAUCCUGACAGAUGGCAGACUAUAUUAAUUGCAACAGGCACCUUGUUUUUAGCUGGUACAAUCGUUUUUGUUUUCUAUAAACUUUGCACCAUAUCAUUAAGAUCUGUGAUGACCAAGAGGGGAAGAAGAAGACUAACACCACAGGAGGAGGCAUUAAAUGAAAUCCUAGCAAAUCAUGGAGCCCGACAAAUCCUUAGUUCACUUGCUAGAACAGCAAUCAAUUCACAGACGAAUAGAAGAAAUAGAGAUUUUGCUUCUCAAAACAGCAUAACAAGUCGAGGAACUGGAGAUGUUCUAGAUAUAUCAGAACGAGUUGUCAGGGUUUCCUUUGCACCGGAUGUGAGAGCUAUGGAAAGCGAGGACGAAAAAUCAUUAGGAGGAGAAAGUAUAAGAUCUGAACCACCACCAGCAUAUGAAACCCUCGCUAAUCCACCUUCACCUCCGCUCUACUCAGAACUAAAGAAAAAUACAAACUCUGACUCAACUCCAAUACCUGAAUCCACUCCUACGUCUGCUACAACUCCUACGUCUGAUCCAACUACUACUCCUAGUACUCACUGAUAAGUCGUCAUAAUUAUUCACUCUAAUAAGAACUCAAUUGACAAAAUUAGACUCAACUCCAAUACCUGAAUCCACUCCUAUUUCUUAUACAACUCCUACAUAUGAAUCCACUCCUUUUUCUUUUACAACUCCUAAAUCUGAAUCCACUCCUAUUCUUAUACAACUCCUACAUCUGAAUCCACUCCUACUUCUAGUUCAACUCCUACAUCUGAAUCAACUCUUAUUUCUAGUACAACUCCUAUUUCUAGUACAACUCCUACAUCUGAAACUAAUCCUUUUUCUACUACAACUCCUAUAUCUGAAUCAACGAAUCUACUCCUAUUUCUAGUACAAUUCUGCCACAUCUGAAUCAAUUCAUAUUUCUAGUACAACUCCUACAUCUGAAUCUACUCCUAUUUUUAUUACAAAUCCUCCUACUUCUAGUACUUCCUAAUAGCUUUAAACUUCAAAGCUUGGAUCAACUUCUAAAACUCCCAUUAAAUAGUUCUAACUUCUAGAGCUUUAAUAAACUGAUUAUACUUCAA